AUGCCUAGAAAGGCUCAAAAGAAGCAAACGCGACUUGCCUUUGCUACCGCACCCGCCGCACCAUCUGGGGACGGUAACGAUGAUGACGGGGAACGCUUUCGAACUCUCUCCUAUGGACAUCCAAGUCUAGCGUCUGUCCGGCCAGAAAGCUCGCGCAAAAGCAAGCCAGAAUCUUCGAAAGAGAGCUCUUCCAAACCACCCAAACGAGACAAGCGCCAAAAAUUAAACAAAAAAACCGAGGAGGAAGCUCCAAAAAGCCCGAGUCAAGGGAGUUCACAACCGCCAUUACAGAUCCUGGACGAUUCCUCCGAUGACGAAAUAAUUAUUCCCAGCGCUCAGAAAAGAAAAAGAAAUGCCCCGGCUGAGCUUCAAAUCAAUGACGCCACAAGUCCCUCCAAGGCCGUCAGCUCCAAGGACAAGAGGAAAUCUCAGCGUCGUGCGCUUUCACCUAUCGUCGAUGACGAGCCAAUGGAAACACCUCGCCCACGUCGCAAGCUGAAACGAAAGGCAGAGAGCUCGCCAGUCAUAAACCUCGAUUCGGAUGAUUCAGAAGAACCUGUCAUGUCCUCACCCGUCAAGCGAAAGAGAUUGAUAGCCGGACCGAAGACGCCUGAGACGCCCCGUGACAGUAGUGACCAGGACCAGUUGGACAUUGAGGAGGACGUGAGGGAUCUUCAAGAUUCAGUGGUCAAGAAGACUCGAACCCGAGACCGAGGCCGAAUACCUGAGUCGGCACGAGACAAGAGAUUCAAGGCUCUUGAAGCUAUCCGCCGCAAGCGGUUGGGACUGAAACCAGAAAGCGAAGAUGAGCCUGAAAUGAUCUCUAACGAAGAAGGAAAUGAGGAUCCGAGCGGACAGGGCUCCGAUGAAGACGAAGAGAACAACAGCGACGUUGAACCAGCACCCAGCAAUGAAGAUCUCGACCGCUAUGAAGAUGACUUUGUCCUCGACGACGAUAGCGUGCUACUGGGCGUUCCAACCGAAGAAAUCCCUCUCGAAUUUACCCGACACGCCUACAAGAAACCCAAGGACUACUUCCGCGACGUGGUUGGCUGGAUGGUCCUCAAUCGUCUCGACCCAGCAUUCCCGCGCUCCGAUGCAAUGUACGAGAUGGCAUUCAUGAAGCUAGAGGACGAAGUCAAAGGACGCGCAGGCUCCCAAUUAAUCUCUUCAGUCUGGAACCCAAAAUUCCGGUAUUCGCUCCUAGCCCGUCCGCAUAUCGAGAUUACAUCUUAUCCCACAUUUGAUAACCACUCGUGUGAUGCUUGCAAUCGAUCUGGCCAUCCAGCAUCAACGGAUAUGAAACUAUAUGGAAAGCCGUACUCUCUCGAAACUCUUGAACCGAUCAACGACAGUGAAGCUAGCGACUCAGAUGAAGAAGAGAGUAAAUCAUCCGACGUUGAUCGUGAUCGACAAGGACAUACAUUGCCAAAUGAAAAUUCGAGGUUCCUUUUAGGCCGACAAUGCGCAAUGAGAUCGCGCCUAGCACACACCCUCACCCAUUGGCGCUUCCACCUUAACGAAUGGGUCGUUGAUUACCUCGACCGGAUGGGCCAAAUGGCCGACUCCGAGGUCCUGCGUCGGAAUGGUCUGAGUCAGAAGCGAAAAACUCGGAAUGCGAUCGCAGUACUUGAUGGGAUGGUCACGACCGGUGAAGUUGAGAAGCUUUGGCGGGACUUCCAUACGAAUCUGAAGGCUGCCCGGGAAACAUCUUUACUAUGA